AUAGAGCAUUAUUGUGGAGGGCUACCACUUGCUCUCAAAGUAAUUGGCUUUUCUUUGUCUAGUCAAACUAGGGAUUCAUGGAAAAGAGCAAUAAGAGAACCAGAAGCCCUUGAUGGUGGUAAAAUUCACGAGAUUCUUCGAGUAAGUUAUGACUCUCUUCAAGAUGAUCGUGACAAGAAUUUGUUUCUUGAUAUAGCUUGUUUCUUCAUUGGAGAAGACAUAACCUUUGUGGAGAGAAUUGUUGAAAGCUGUGAUUUCUAUCGGAAUGUUGGAAUUCAAGAACUUAUCGACAGGUAUCUGAUAUCUAUUGAUAAGGACAAUAAACUGGCAAUGCAUCAAUUGCUUAGGGAAAUGGGAUGGGAAAUUGUCCGUCGAGAAUCACCUGAGAAUCAUGGAGAGCGUAGCAGAAUUUGGUGUCAUGGUGAUUCAUUUAAGAUUUUGAGAAAAAAAAUUCAGGGUUCCAGGUCUAUUAAGAGCUUCAUCCUUGACUGGGAACAAGUAAAUAUAGCCUCAAAAUGUUUGGUGGACUUAAACACCGAUGCUUUUGCAAGCAUGAGCAAUCUAAAACUAAUCCACCUCAAUAAUUUGAGGCUUAAAGGAGGGUAUGCAAAUUUUCCAAAAGGAUUAGUGUGGCUGUGUUGGCAUCACGUCCCUUGGGAUCAUAUACCAGUCGAUUUUUAUCUCGAGGAUCUUAUUGUUCUUGACCUAUGCAACAGCAGUCUAAGACAUGUUUGGCAUGGAAUCCGGUGUUUUCCAGGGUUGAAGAUCCUUAAUCUCAGUCGUUGUCAUGGUCUAGUUAGAACUCCAGACUUCUCAGAACUCCUUUGUCUUGAAAUAUUGAUGCUUGAAGAAUGCACGAAUUUGGCUGAGGUUCACAAGUCCAUUGGAAACCUACAAAAUCUUUCCUUUUCAAGUUUUAAGGACUGCAUAAAUCUCAAGAGACUUCCAGAUGAAAUGUGCAAGUUGACAUCACUUCAAACUCUAAUAUUGUCUGGUUGCUCUAAACUUGAUAGUGAGAUACCGAAUCACUUGGAAAAAAUGAAAUUCUUGGGGGUGAUUCGUGCAGAUGGACCUCUCAUGAGUCAGUUUCAAAAGUGGGCUUCAAGAAUGUGGUCCUGGUUAAUGAGAAACGGCACAUUGUCAACCAAGCGGUCUAUCGAUUGCUUACCAUCUUCUUUGGUAAAUUUAAGCCUUGCAAACUGCAAUAUAAGGGAUGAUAUGAUGCGUAAUAAUCUUAGUUCCUUGCUUUGUUUGGAACAUUUGGAUCUAAGUGGAAAUCCAUUUCAGCAUCUACCUGAAAGCAUUAGUAGCCUGACAAGGCUUGAUACUCUUAUGUUACAAGGAUGCACAAGUCUCCAAUCACUUCCAAGCCUACCAAGUAGUUUAGAGAGAUUACUAAUAAGCAAUUUCGGACCCGUAUUGGGACCACUGGAUAUCUACAUGUUUGGUCGCCAAGAACCAGAUAAGCUUCAAGGCCUGUUCAAGUUAGAACAAUUGCUGAGCUUUGACGUGGAGAUGAUCUAUAAUGUUGGUUUGCAGAAAUCAGAAUCCAUGAGAAUCACUCAAGACAACACUAAUUUUGGUGCAAUGACAACAACAGCACAAGGAAAGACUACCAUCCAGGUAUUUCAAGAUGGUGGCAUAAGUAACAUAUACCUGCCAGUGCAGGAGAUUCCAGAUUGGUUCUGUCACGCGACGGGAACAUGCCAUGCAUGUUUUUGCGUACCUUCAAGUUCUAGUUUUGAUUUCUGUGGUUUCAACAUAUGUGUUGUGUAUACAUGCUCUGACAUGAGGGGUAAUUUUGAAAGUUCUUGCCGUGCCAAAAUAAGAAUUGUAGCCAAAGGUCAAAUUUUGGAGUAUAGCCCAGAAAUCUUUGGAGUUCCUGAAGCCAAUGAGGAUAUGUUGUGGUUAAGUCAUUGGACGCUUAGUGACAAGUUAGAAGCUGGUGAUUCAGUGGCGUGUUCCAUAAUUUUGCCUGCUUGUUUUCAAGUGAAGAAGUUUGGCAUUCACCUAGUUUCUCCGCAUCAGAAUUCAGCAGACAAGGAAGGUUAUAGCAUUCAAUACCUCCCUUUGGCAUAAUUUCACACAAACAUUUUCUGCACAAGUUUUUUUGAUGACAGUUGAUAUCUCUUUUGCAAGAAACAAUUUUUCAAUGUUAAUAGAGG